AUGACAAUAAUGCAAGAUCACAAGAGCAAGCUAACUCAAGCUAUUGAUAAAAUUAUAAUGCAAAAGAUUGAGAAAGCAGACUAUCAAGAUUAUGAUUCUGAGUCUGAAGAUGAAUUAAAAGAUCUCAAAAAUAAAAUAAAAGAUAUUAUAUCUAAUCGUAAACCUGCAAUCAAGAAUCUUAUUACUACCAAUGAUAU